UCCAGCAGCACGAGCAGCGUGCUGCUCGUGCUGCUGGACUUCGAGUCUCCCCAGCUGGCAAGGCAUCUAAAGAGCUGUUAUGCACCAGCGCUGCGAGGAUCCCGCUGCCCGCCGCUUCUGAUGCAGCAGCAGCACAAGCGUGGUUCGGAGAGCUGUGUGCACUGGGAAGUAUCGGCUGCAGCAACAGAAGAAACAGCCGUGCCCCCAGAACAAGGCUCGCAGGAAGUCACAACGUCGUUGCAGCAGCACUUUCUCUGGAUCCGUAGCUAUCGGUCCGCGUUGCUGUACAUGUUGCGGCAGCUGUUGGAGCAUUAUCACAUCGCUUUCCCAGCACUUGCUGCCGUGCAGCCUCCCUGUGCAGCGGCCACUGGCGUCGCCGCUGCACAGGCAGCCGCUGCAGUGACAUCUUCCAGAUUGCCACUGAACGUCCUCUACAGAGCUGCAGUCUGCGUAGCCAUAACGGGCCUGCAGCACGCUGCAGCUGCCACCGCACUGCAUGCACUGGCAUGCGGGGUUGCAGGUGCAGCAUCGCGGGUGUGGCUCCGCGGAGUUGCUCUGGCGCUGGAGGCGGAAGCUGCUCUUGUUGUUGCUGCUGUCGAACCCGCAUCCGUAUGGUCAAAGGCAGGAGCGGCUGAAGAACGGCGAGUUGCCGCAUUCGGCCUUGCAGUACGAAAGGCCUUCUCGUGCUGGAGGGAGUGUCUCUUGCAGCUGCAGCGACACCGCAGCAUCUGGCGCAUGCAGCAGCCACGCAGCUGCAGUAGCCUCCCGCCGCUGCCGCCGCUUGCGCUUUUUAUCAAGGGCCGCAUGCAGCUGGCCUCGUUGUUGCACUCCUUCGCUGCCUUCUGCCUUGGGGCCCUCCAUGACGCAAACGUCUACAGCUGCCAAAACAACGCGUCCAAUGAUGAAGCACGCGAUGCUGGAGAUGCCGCUGUUUCGAGGUCAGCAGACAAUGUGGUUCAGGUUGCAUCCAGCAGUGCUGUUCAUGGUACUGCGUCGGCUGCUGCGGCAGUAGAAGACGCGACCUUUGCCGUCAGAUGCCAGGAGCUGGAGAAACUGCGCCAGUCUGCGAGAGCAGCCCUGCAAAAUUUCCAGAUGCAGCUCAAGCUGAUGCAGAGCUGCUGCCAGACGAGCAAGCGGCUGCUCUUGCUGCAGUGCUGCUGCUGCCGCACGGUUCGCAUUCUUGCGUCCUUUUGCCUGCUGCACCUGCUCCGCCGGAAGCAGCUGCAGCUGCAGAAGCAGCAACAACAGCAGCAGGUACCCUCUGUAAGUCUCUUCAUGAAAGAAGAAAGCGCUACUAGCAGGAGCAGCAAUGACAAUGCGUUGGUGCUGCAGCAGGCACUGAUUGAGUUAGAGGAGGCAGCGGCAGAGCUUCUACAGCCACUGCGAGGAGUCUUUUGCAGCGGCGAUAUCAGGACUGUCGAUCUGCGAGGUCUCUGGCUUUGUGCAUGUGCGGAGUCUCCCGCCGCAGCAAAGCAGCGCCUGCUUGCUGCAAGGCGUGGCGUGUCAGACUCAGAGGGCGCAGCUUUACAGACGGGGGGUGCCAUAAUAGAGGCUCGAGGCGGAGGAGCAGCAGCAAGCGGACUGCCUAAAGAUCUGGUGCAGUGGAUCCUUCGGCUGCUGCAGCAGCUUAUUUGCUGCAGUUGGCCACUGCCUCCUCGCGUCUUCUCCGCCGCGCCGCAUCCUUGGAUUGCUGCUCAAGCCAUAGUAGAGGGAGAUACUGCAUCUCGUCGCUCAGGGGAAGUGCUGCCGGUGGUCUCCGUGUAUGCGGAAAUGCGAGGGGCCCUUGCUGAGGUCGUCCAAUCGUGGCGUUGGCUGGAAUUGACGUACUGCUUCGUGGGGGGAAGAGGAGAGGUCCAAGACGAGCUCGUUGCGAUGUGGCUGCCACAGAGCGACCCUGGUGAGUCUCCUGCCGCUGCAGGGUUCGCCGGGAUUGCCUUUUGUGCUGAUGUCGCUGCGCCGGAGAUCCGGCCGGCAGUUGGACGAAAUGUAGAUGGGGCACAACCAGAGACUAAGGGUGGCGAGCCGGCAAAGGUGGACGAGCGGCAUGAACUGCACCGUGUCCUAGUCCCCGUCCUACACCCCUUCAAUCGCAGCGACCGACUCGAUCUUCGGGGCAAGGGAGCAGAGCGAGGAUCGAGUUCAGCAGGUCCGGGAAGCCAAUGGCUAACUUCGCCGGUGGUGCGACACCGCUGCUGCCUCUCCGCUGGAUUCAGCAAUCUGCGGUGCAUCACUGUAGAAGCGCGGCCGCUGAACAGCCGCAUGAUGCCUCUAGGGGAAACAACGCGUGCUAGCGUCGCUGCAGACCAGCCAGAGCUACAAGCUCUCGACCUCUGA